CUCAGCAGGCUGUUACAGAACGUGCGGAUGGUCAUCCUUUACACUCCUUGAGCUGCGGUGGUGCAGUAAAGAUCAGGUUAGACGAAACACGUUAGCUGUCACAGCUGUUGUCACACUGACAAAUCCAGAGGGCAAAGGACAACAGCUACUACGGUAGCUAGUACCUUGGCAUCAUCUCAAGUCAGAGCAUCAAGCUAUCCGGAUAGGUACCAUUAGUCAACCAAAACGACGAUGGACUUGCUAAAGAGCCGACUAUGCCAGGCAGUGGUUGAUCCCAGGAGUGAUGCUGUUUAUUAUGAGUUUGUAGAAGAAGCAGAGGAAGACAGAAGCGAGUUGACUACAUGUAUUUCAGGAGAAGAACAAAUACGUGUCGUUCCUGUCAAGACGCUCAUUUGGAAGGUCCAGUUUCAGCAGAAUCCCACCACCACAAGUGCAGGGACCGUGACGGAAACUGCUGGCAACGAUUUAGACCAUUCCUUCUUUUUUGCCACGGCCCUAAGAUACCGAGAUCGAGUCGAUGAAGAGCUUCUCAAGGAAAGGUUGUUGGCAUGUUCUGUGGAAUCGACUACCACUACUGCUUCAGAGCAUAAGGAGGCUCAGUCAACAACCUGUAUUGCCACAAAGAUCAUCGGUGCAUCGUCGAAGGAUAAGCAUGAGACAGACACACACCACAAGACUGCGCAGGAAGCCAAUGUCCUUCUUCAAGUCGCCCACUUGGAAUUGGCAGAAACCAGCCAGGCAGAAGCAUUGACAGGAUACAUGUCGGGGACUAUACCUCCUUUGGGACAUACCAGACCCAUGGUAUUGCUCCUGGAUGAAGCGCUCCUGACAACAACAAAAGGGGGCAGUUUUCUGAGCAUUGGCUCUGGAAGCUUUCGCCAUGCGGUACGGAUCCAAUCAGCAGUGUUGAUACGAUUGGCCAAGGUGCUCAAUGCUGGAGUUUACACUGCAGGAUUUACCACCACAAACGCAAAAGCGGCAACAAUAAGCAACACACUUCCGAUAGACGAAUCCGAAUCAGCAGUACAAGAUGCUGCUAAUGCUCUCUCCCCAUCAGCAGACUCUGAAUCAGUCGUUGAUGGUGGUGAUGUUCAGUACUUAUCCAAUAGAUUGCGACAUGCAUGUCUUAAAAAGGGAAGUGCUGCCACCAUUCAAGAUGUAAUUGCCAAGGUUGGAGACCGGUUCCCACAACUCUUUGAACCUGGCAGCUACAGUCGCAACCCGAUUCAUUUGGCAGCAUGGAAAGGAGACUUGGAAUCCAUUCGGCUGCUGGUGAAUGCAGGGACGCAGUUUGGACUAGAUCUGGUCAAUUCCAUCAGUACGGGGGAUGGGAACUACGGAAAGACCGCUCUGUUCUACGCGACAAAUCAAGGUCGUGACGACGUUGUGCGAUUCCUCCUCGAUCACGGUGCCAACGUAUUGAUUGUAAACCGCAAUGGCAACACGCCUUGUGGUAUGGCACAGGGGAAACUGUUACCGAGUACUUGUGAGACUCUGCGUCGAAUGGAGAAACGACAAUUGGCAGAUGGCAACGUCUACCAGCAUUACGACUUUGGAGUUGCUGCUGACGCGGAGGAUGCUGGAGCGAUUCCAAUGGCUGCCACUGCUGACCCAGGUACCACACAAGAGCAGCAGCCUCAACAACAAAGCAGUGCUGAGGGCACGGAAGUUUGCAUGAAGACGCUGUCCAAGAAGCUCAGAGACUCGGCUGCAAAGAAGGGGAGAGCCGGCAUCGUUAGAGAGAUACUAGAAGUUGCUGGGGAACGGUUUCCACUGUUGGUUAAAUUGGGAACCGAUGGGAACUUUACCAAGAAUGCAUUGCAUUUGGCAGCAUGGAAAGGGGAUCUGGAGUCAAUCGAACUCCUUAUUGACGCUGGAAACAAGCACGGAUUGGACCUUGUCAAUGUAAUCAGCACGGGAGAGGGAAACUUUGGAAAGUCGCCAAUAUUCUACGCGAUCACACAGGAUCGUGACGACGCGGUGAAACUGUUGCUUUCGAGGGGCGCAAACUUGCUGAUAGUCAACAACAAAGGGCAGACACCAUGCAGUAUGUCUGUGACACACCUACAACCAGAAACGUGCCUGCUGAUGUUUGAAACCGAACACCAACAAAUACUGGCGGGAGGUGAAUUUCAGAACUAUCGGGUUUCGCGUGGUGAUGGAAAGCAGUAUGGCGAUUUAGACCCACGUUUCGAAAUUGAUGCCGCGAACUACAGUGUGGACAUUGUUGCUGGGCUCGACAACUUUCGAGGAACGUUGUCUUCCAUCCUCGAGCAGCCCAUCCACACAAAUCAGCCUGUUUACAAGCUGUUACCAAAAUCCUUUGAGCCCAGGAGUGUAAGGCCGACCACAAAAGAAAUUCGACAAUCACGCGCCGAUAGAUUCCGUGUCAACCAUUCCACCUGCGCCAAGAGACUUCAGGGAUCAAAGCUGCCGCCAGCCAAAGAUUUUCUUUCAAAGUCUGUUGAGGAAAAGAAAGAAAGCGAAAGUGAUAAGUUACAGAACGAAGGCAAGUCCAAAGAUCCCAUGCCCGGUCACGAAGAACACGAUAUGGCCCUUGAGUCUCUCCCUCGUCUGCGCUUGAACGACUUGCCCACGAUCGAUGCUUCAGGGAAAGAGUCCGAUACGCUGGUGGCGACCUUGAUCAACGAGGAGAGUCUUGUCGCUAUACUUUCCAAGGAGGUUUCUCUUACUCUAGAGCUGCCGGGCGGCAACGAUUCCCAGGACCGUGACGAUCGACUCUUACAACGAUCCUGGGGUUUGGACUGCGAGUGGAAGCCGGCAAGAGACAGGGGACGCGAGAACCCUGUGGCGACACUACAGCUUAGCAGUGUCACAAAAUCUUUUCUCAUCGAUCUACAAGAGCUGUGUCAAGGGGCGGUCAAAGAUCCAGAGACACCGAUGACACAGGUUGAGGCGGUCUUGUGCGAGACCCUGAGUACUCUCUUUAUGAAUCCGAAUAUACUCAUAGUAGGAUUUGGGAUUGGGCAAGACAUAUCGAAACUUGCCGUGUCAUUUCCUCACAUGCCCUGCUUCCGAACCAUGCAAUCCGUGGUGGACAUGGAGACACUAUUCCAUAGCUGUUUUCCAAAGUCGACCCACAAAAGUUUGAAGUCCCUGCAAAAGAGCGCAUGCUAUUUGUUGAAGAAACGACUCGACAAGGCCGAGCAGUGCUCCAACUGGCAGGAGCGACCCUUGACGAACUCGCAGAUUGAAUAUGCCUGUUUGGACGCUGCAGUGUUGCCGCAUCUGUUGCACCAGGCCCUUGCGCGCAGCAAACAAACCAUGCACGAUGGGUUCUUCGACAACUACGCUCAUCUCAUUGUUUCAUGGCGAAUAUCUUUCCUCGAUGCACAGCAUGUCGCAGCAUCUGUAUCCCCCAAGGCAGCAUAUUACAUUGAUUGUGGAACAACAAAGAAUUUGCUUGGGAUCUGGUAUGCAAAACAGACAUGGAAAACGGGCAAAAGCGAUCCAGCGCCACCCCUGCUCAUCCCUGUCCCCGAUCAACGAGACGCGGAUACGCUGAAGCGGGAAAAAGAAACCAAGAAGCAGGCAGCAAAGCAAAAGGCGAAGGCCGCACAACAGGUUCAGAAAAAGAAGAAGCCACUCAAGCUGUCAUGCAUCUCAACCGUCAAAGGACUUCCGGAGGCUGGACGUUUCCUGGGCUACACCAAGGAGAGUUGUAUUGUGGAACUCUUGGCCCAACCCGUCUUAGAUUCUCUCGUGGAUCAGUACUAUCUUGGCUUCAAUCGUCGUGGCGGCAUCAUACAAUUGCAGAAUGCUUGGCUCUUGUUUGUGAACAUUGGAUGCAGCUUGCAGAACCAAAGAUACAAUAACAAGAUUUCAGGGAAUGGGCGCUACAUGACGUUCACAGUGGACCCACGCAAAGACCUCGACGGCCUUUUCUACGAUUAUUUGUCCGUGGGGCCUGAACAAGGUCGCCAAACGACGGACUCCACGCCGAGCAACAAAAUCUUGCUUUUUGCGAGACCCGACGGCAACUCACAAUACCUAUUCUGCGGUCAGUGCAAAUGUGUUGGUGCGGAGGCCAGAGCCGGGAAUAUCGAUUUGCUACUAGAGUUGCUAGCAUUCGAAGCCAUGGAAACCACAGCAUACAAGGAACUCAUUGCGAAGCUGGCUAUGCAAUAGUUAAUAGAUGAGGUGUACGCAGAGCAACUAUGAAAAUGGAACAGAGAACUGCUGCGGACCAAACAGGGGCCCUUGAUUCAGCAAGUUGGCUCCAGAUCGCGGGGCUGCUUCUUGCAAUGAUCGAUUGUAAACGUCGCCAUAAGUUCCCAGAGCGUAGACGCAGUCGCGCAAGCUUUGCUUUAACCCCUCUCCCCAUAGCAAGACCACUGGGAUUGCCGUCACAUUUGCAGGGCCAAUUGCAUUCUCGUCCGCGAAGAUCAUGGUCAUUACAACCCAGAAAACAAAGUCUGAAAAUUGUUUGUCGUCGUCUGUUGUCAUCAUCCCCAAAGCUUGUAGGCCCUGGCCUGUCGUGUCAUUGGAGUGAAAGUGAUAGUAUGGAGGAGAGAAGGUGUAGCCAAGAUAGUCCGUUUGCAUGGUAACCCGUACUCCCGCGACGAUGUCCAGUAAUCCAUCGUCCAGAGCAUUCCGACGAGAAACACCGGUGUCCUCAAUUUCCACAAAUUCGACAGCGUCUGUGUCUCCCGCGAAUAUCGCAGCAGCAAUGGCUUGACAGAGGAUUGCAUCCAAGCCAGAAUUCGCGUUCCCAGGCACGGGGAUACCGCACCUCAAGUGGCCUCUCGCCAGAAUCCGAUCAAGAGCUUUGCCCGGGAUGGGCCCCUCUCCCCGAGUGUCCACAGAUCCAAAUGGAUAGGAGAACAAGAGCCCUUUCGAAGCUUGAAGAUCCUUGUUGUGUUUGCCGUAAAGAAGAUUCAGUCCUUUGCGAGGCAUUAGAUGCUGGAGAUGACGUUGAUACAGCUCCUCGUAGUUUCCCAGAUGGGACACAAUUGCUUGCAUCAUUUCGAUCGUUCUCCCACUUUCCUCACCUCGAACCAAGAUGGAUUCCAUCUCGUGAGCAUUUGCUUGAGUUAUAUUGUGUGCUUCUGCGAAGUAAAAGGUAUUGACGACCAUGUUCACUAGAUUUGUCCACUCAGCGUCACCCUGUCUUGUGGCAAUUGAUAAGGGCUCGCGAGAGAAAAGUUUGUGCCCAUGAACGUACUCUCCCGCGUAGCCUGCGUCGUAUAUGCGAGUGCUUGGGAUGUUGGGUGCUUCGGACGCCAUGACAUGACACUCUCCAGACAUGAAGUUGUCAAUCAUCUCGUCCACCAAUACGGAAGGAAUGACGAAUCCACCGGGGAACAAUUCUUGCAGAAGGAGCUCAUGAGUCGUCCCGGUAAUGACGCACACCUUCAACGAGCGACAAGCUCCAUGGAUACUGUCAAGGUUGUCAGCGCACUCCACAUACGAAGGUACACCGCCGAACAUCAUGCCCGCAUAGAAAAAGGGCGCAGAGAAUUGAAACCCAGUUUGCGCCGAUGCCUCAAAAACUUGUCGUUCCAUGGUAACAGUUGUUGUUAUCGCCAAGACAUCGACAUCCCAGUUAGCUAGCUUGAUGAAACGAUCCUUAGUCACAACGUUGACGAACUCAAUAUUGGUAGUUGCGCCAAAGACCGCCACGGAGAUCGCUCGACAACUGUUCCAGAUUAAUGGCAAGAGGGCAGAUCAAACAGAUAUGUAAGACGUUUGUUGACGUGGAUGCGGUGGUCUUAGCCCAUGAUUGUAACAUGAUCAAGUGGUUGUACGGCUGUACACGUACUGGUCAACAUUCAUUCCAUCCAUUUCUCCGGUCACCGGAUCGGGUUGACUAAAACCUUGCACAUCACCUUUCCUCAGCAGUCCAGUAUGGUUAGAUGACAUCCAACGAUAACAAGCACAUAAUGGCCUGAGCCUCUUACCUGAUAUACCACAUCGGACAAAUCCUCUUUCGAGGACUGCUUCUAGUGUUGAACCUGUGGGCCGCACACUACCUUCUUCGACCGCCUCGGUCUCUGCACGGUUGGCCAUGAUGGGCACCGUUGCUGCCACCACAAUCACGGCAAUCAACAGCACGCCCAAGAUACCCACCAGCCACUUCCAUCGUGUCGUUCCCUCUUCAUCCUUGUUGCCUCCUUCUUCCUCCUCCUGAGGAGACACAACAUCAGCCUCGACUGCUUCCCGUAAGAUCCUUUCUCUGAUCUCCUCCUCUACUUCGGAAUGAUCUAUUUGCACAGCAGUAGCAAUGGUGGCACUGUGUGCAAUCGUCACGGGCUCACCAUUGAUCAUGACAGAACUGAACGCCAUCAACGCCGGUGGAGCCGGAACCGUGUCCAAGUUGCUGUCAUCCUGAAAAGCCGUGAGGGUACCGGUUUCUUGCCGUUCCCUUGUAUGAGCCGAAGAAUCAACGGCAAAGGCACCGGGUUCUUGAGCAUCUGCGGUAAAAGUACCGCUACCGCUUUCUAACUGAUGAGCCACACUGAUCUCCAUCUGGCCGCUCUCCUCCGCAGCCUGCUCUUCCUCUUCAGCUUGAAGUAUCACCUGUGACGUUUUAGUAUUCGUCCCUUGGAGUUCCUCAAGGAGCUUUGUUUCCAUUUUGGUUAGCGCCGAUUUGCCAGAAACCCUCAAGGCAUCUGCAGUUCUCCUGGUCAUGCUGACCGGCUUCUUUUGCUUGUCUUCAUCCAUCUUGAUUCCGGUCCUUUCUUCGCCUGCUUUCAGCUUCGCCAUAGUAUCAAUAGUUUUCUCGUCUUCCUCGUUCUCGAUCUGAAACCGGCCAGAACCGAUCCUUGUGUUAAGGAUCAGUUCCAGUACGCUGGCCGGCAUGGUGGCAGUGGAGGCAGCGGAUAGCCUUAGCUGAUUCUGACUUGCAUCGAGUCUAGCAGGGGAGAUCACAAUCUCGUCGGGUAUCUCGGCGUCACGUCCAGUAAUGGAACUAUCAAUAGCAGCGCCAUGAGCAGGAACGUAACUCCCUUCAAGGAAAGCGGUGCUCUCAGAUUCCAAGAGGGGGGUAUCGGUAUGACAACUGUUGGGGUCCUCGACCGCUCUAUCAGCCGAGAUACCCAUGGCUACUUCUUGUAAAACAGGCGCUACAGGUUGAGUAAAAGCGUCAGCACCUCCAACGAGGUCCAAACCAUGUAAUGAUUGAGGGACGCUCAUGGCGGUAGCUGAAUCUCUAGAGCCAGGUUCCUCCAUCGUCGCUUUUCUUCUUUCUACUCUUUUGUUGGUUGCUUUGAUUAUGGUUUUUUGAGUGAAUAUUGUGGUUGCACGCAGU